CAAAGGAGAUCGAUGUCGAUGAGCGAAGGAGAAGAAUAGAAUGGAAAAGAGGCGCAAAAGGAAGCAGAAGGUGGACCCUGAAGCAGAGCGAAAGUCCAAGUCCGUUCGCGUGGGUCCAACCGAAACCGAGAACGUCAAAGCCCCAUUCCCAUCUCACACUCGACCCACCCCACAAGAAUGCCAAGGCGUGCGAGACACUCUCUUAGCCCUACACGCUAUUCCCCCGGAACUUGCCAAGUACCGCAAAGCACAACUAACCAAUCACACCGACACACCCGAAACCGUUCUCGACGGUUUGGUCCGAACCGUCCUCUCCCAGAACACCACUGACGCCAAUUCCCAAAGGGCUUUCGCUUCCCUCAAAUCCUCCUUUCCCACUUGGGAACACGUUCUUGGUGCCGAGUCCAAGGACGUGGAGAAUGCUAUUCGAUGUGGAGGUCUAGCCCCUACUAAGGCUUCUUGUAUUAAGAAUGUGCUUCGUUGUUUGCUCGAGAGAAGAGGUAAAUUGUGCUUGGAGUAUUUACGAGACUUGUCCGUCGAUGAAAUUAAGGCUGAGCUGUCUCUUUUCAAAGGAAUUGGUCCCAAAACAGUGGCUUGUGUGUUGAUGUUCAACCUAGAGCGAGAUGAUUUUCCUGUGGACACUCACAUAUUUGAGAUUGCAAAAACCAUCGGUUGGGUUCCCGCUGUUGCAGACAGAAACAAGACGUAUCUUCAUCUAAACCAAAGGAUCCCAAAUGAACUUAAGUUUGACCUGAAUUGCCUUCUGUUUACGCACGGGAAGCUCUGUAAUAAAUGCUCCAGUAAAAGGGGUGCUAAUCAGCAACGAAAGAAAUGUAAUGAUAACUCGUGUCCUUUAUUGAAUUAUUAUGAAGAGUCGGUUUGAACUUUGAAU